AUGCUACAACGAUUUUCUCCGACAAUCUUUUACUUCCAGAGAUCAGAUCAUACGAAGCGCACAUUGAUUGCCUCGGGUUUCAACGAGAAGUUUGGUACCCUCUCGUACGAUCGUGACCCCUUUGGAUCUCAAGAGUUUGUUGAGGACGAUUUACGUUUCUGCGGUCGCAUACACAAACAUCAAGUGGUCUACUUUGUUCAUUCUGGCACGCCAACUAUCACGGACGCUGGAAAGGACGAGAGUCACCUGACACCAUGA